AUGUCACGUUCAUCUAGGCGAGAUUACUACUCCCUUCAAGAAAUCAAGAAACAUGAUCAACCAACUGAUUUAUGGAUGGUAUUAUACAACAAAGUCUAUGAUGUUACUGAUUUCUGCAAGUACCAUCUAGGUGGAAUAGAAGUGUUGUAUGACUGUGGUGGCUCUGAUGCUACACAAGCAUUUGAAGAUGUUGGACAUUCUGAUUUUGCUGUUGAAAUGCUACAACCGUAUUUAAUUGGUCAAGUUGUACCUGACGAACAAAGAGAGUACCACAAACUACCAGCAGAAGAGCCCUUCACUGAUUCUACAGAUGUCAUUGAAUCGAUUAAUUUUGAUGAACAAGAAGUUGAAAAAUUGAAUGAAUAUGUUGUACGAAGAGUUAAAGAGUCAACUAAUUUGACGGUAUUGACAUUUGUGGCUCUUUCUUCAUUCAUUUUACUAGUUUUAAUUCAUAUCCAUAGGUGA